UUGUGCCAGCAGUAGCAGUUCUCUGGUAGCCCUCCUUUAGUUAACACGUACAUCAUUUGUGCAAACACCCGCUUGGUCUCUCCUGUGGCUGUCUUUCAAGUCCAUUCUACAAGAAGUAUUUUUCAGUGUGUCGCGUGUUGUCUGGAUACCAAUAAAGCACAGCUUUUUUGGAUGAACAAAUAAUAAGAAAAAAAAAUAACAGAAAGAAAAACAGUGAACCAAUAGAAAAAACUCAACGGUGGAAUUUCACCGUAAAUUAUAGAGUGAGAAUAGGCGCGUGGGAGAAGGCUAUAUGAGCUAUAUGUCUCAGUGAAUAUUAAUAAUAUUGAUAUAUAUUGAGUAAUAUAGAAUUAUAUGAAUAGUGAUUGUCGAUUGACACUGUGAGAAUUUAUUAUCUAACAAUUUUGUGCGUGUUUUACAUUUGAAGUGAUAUUGGAAUAUUCUACUAUAAACGAUGUAGUGUUCCCCAUUGAACGAUAUAUUUUCAGGGGUGAAAGGCAUUUUCAUGAAUUUAGCAUUUGUAUUCAACGCAUUACACCCCCGUCAAUUGACUCAAUAUUAUACGCUUUACGAUACGACAAUUCAAUCAUCCAUAAUUGUAUCAGCCAUUUCACCAGAAAUUUCAUUCUAUAUCCCAUGAGUGCCUCUAAUCAUUUGUAAAAUAAACUACGAAAUUGGAGUAUUUUUGCUACACUUAUCGCCAUACGCAACUUACUUUUUUUUUGGGGUGGGUGGAGGCCACAGGUUGGAGAUUGGUAGGGGUUGUUUUUGGCCAGGAGACGCAGAAUAGAAAAGAAAAUAAAAAAAAGCACAAAAAGGAAUAAAGGCAUUUAUUAUUACUUUCCACUACAUUUACAUUGUGGCACUGAAUGUAUAUUCAUUCUUCACGCGAUAAGCCCCAAUCAAUUCUUCUUGUAAGACGUGAGAGAGAACAUCAGAUAGAAAAUUAUUGAGCCAGGAGAACCAAAAGCGGAAGGUUGGAAAGUGUAAAGAAAGCCGUUCUAAAAGCUAAAUUCUAUGCUGUGGAAAAGUGAGAGGGAGUGAGAGAGAAAAACCGUGAACCAUAUAUUGAUAUUUAUAUUUACAACCAUAUACAUAUAUGACUACAUAUGAAUGAGAAGGAUCCAUGUAGUAUAAAUAAAUAUGUACAGUGUGAUAUACCUGAGUGAGGAGGAGUAAAAGGCAGAAAACAAGGGAAACUGGAAGAGCAAGGAGAGCACUUCAUCCCUAAUAAAGUCACAUAGUAAUGCUAUAGAAUAUAUCCAAAAGUGAUAUCGAGAGAUGGUUAUAAGAAAGUUGACUGUUGAACCAUUUUAUGGCAACUUUUCUCCAAUGAAUUUAUAUCUAAUAUAGAGAACUAUUGAGCAAUUUUGCUGUUAUAAUAUCCAUCCUCCACAAUAUAAGCCACAUCAUUUUGCUAUACACAAUUUGUUCUUUGGUGCUGCUGGAGAAAGCUCAAGAGACUCUCAAGAGGGGAGCUUUUCACAUGGGGGUGGACUACAUGCAACUGGCAAUCAAAGUGAUAAGACGAAAGAUAUUUACUCUCACAUGUGAAAUACACUUUUUCAUUCUACAACAUUCCACUUGCUAAAUGAAUUCAUCAAACUAUGUUCAUUGUUGUCUAAGGAGACAUUGAAGAGGGAAGGCUCUUCAAACAUGCUCAUCUUGAGCUUCUAGCUCACAUAGGCUAUUUGUGGAGCUCUCGAAGAAGAAAAAAAAAAUAAAAAUAUAUACAAGUAAAUAAAUAAAUCAUAAGAAAUGAAGAAUCUCCCGAUUUCAUCUCGAGAUACUUCAUCAGAGAGGGAAUCCUUUUGAAGAAGUUCGUGUGGAAGCGGCCAAGAAAAAAGCGAUGGAUAAACAUGAUAGAAAUUAGAUGAAGAGGAACUAGCGAAGGGAAAAAAAUGAUGAUGGUGGAAAAAUGUAAUUUCAAUGGGAAAACCUCUCUGCUGUGAACAAGGUGGAGGGUAUAUAGGAGGAGAUAGAGAUAAAAAGAGGAUAUAUCCACGGUAAUAUCGCAAAACAAUCAACAUUGCAAUUGUGAAAGAAUUUAAUCGCUUCUCUCUAUAUCCGCUUUCUUUUUUUUUAAAUGUACACUUAACUAAUAUACAUGUAUACUAUGGAAACUUACGACAAUCAAUCUAUGCAAUCACUACUCUUAUCAUCAUCUGUGUCUUCACCACUCUAUCAACUUCAAUCGGGUAUGAAUAAUUCCACCCUACCCAUGGACAUUGAGCCAUUCAUGGCCUUCAACAAUAAUGGUUUCAUCGAUACCACGGUACCCAUUCACAUACCAUCGCGGACACCACUCUUAUUCCUCAUAAAAUCCUUUAUUAUAUGCCUAAUCAUCCUCGCCGCAAUUUUUGGGAAUCUCCUUGUCAUUGUCAGCGUCAUGAGGCACCGAAAAUUGAGGGUGAUAACAAACUACUUUGUUGUGUCACUUGCGAUGGCGGAUAUGCUGGUGGCUUUGUGUGCUAUGACAUUCAAUGCCUCCGUAGAAAUCUCUGGCCGCUGGCUGUUUGGGUCCUUCAUGUGCGACGUUUGGAACAGCCUUGACGUCUAUUUCUCCACAGCUAGCAUACUCCACCUCUGCUGCAUCUCUGUGGACAGAUACUAUGCAAUUGUCCAACCAUUGGAUUACCCAUUAAUUAUGACGUCAUCCAGGGUAUGGUUUAUGCUUACCGUGGUAUGGCUGUCGCCAGCACUUCUGUCCUUCGUGCCAAUAUUUCUUGGAUGGUACACAACACAAGACAAUCUAGAAUACUUAAAGCGCCAUCCCGAUGUCUGUGAAUUCACUGUGAAUAUUUCCUAUGUCCUUAUUAGUUCGUCUGUAAGUUUUUGGAUACCUGGACUUAUGAUGUGUUUCCUGUACUAUAAGAUAUACCAGGAAGCCGAUCGUCAAGAACGAAUGUUGUAUAGAUCAAAAGUAGCAGCUCUGCUGUUGGAUAAGCAUCUCCAAAUCAAUGGUAUUGCUGUAUCAGGACAGCAAAACAUCCAGCCAAUAGAGCCAAUAGCCAGUUCAAAGAUGAGACGGGAAAGGAAAGCUGCCAGAACGUUGGGCAUUAUAAUGAGCGCCUUUCUUGCAUGUUGGCUCCCGUUCUUCCUGUGGUACGUCAUUCAUGUACUAUGUGGGCAUAACUGCUCCAUUCCUCGGAUAGUUGUGGGUGUAGUCUUCUGGAUCGGUUACUUCAACUCAGCUCUAAAUCCCGUCAUCUAUGCGUAUUUCAACCGAGAAUUCCGUGCCGCAUUCAAGAAGACUCUCCAGAGUUGCUGUCCACUUCCGAAAAUCAAUUGCCACCGUCUGCACGAUCAAACAGGGCAAGUUCACUCCACGGUAUCCUCGGAGAUUCACAUGGGGAUGAUUAAUUGAUAGUAAAUUAUGGAAUUGAUGUCGAUUAAUAAGUUAGUUUUAGUGACGUAAUGGAUAGUAUUUGUCUUUUAGUGUAAUUUUAAGAAGAACAACCUUAGUAAAUAUUUAUUUUUAGUUCCAGGAUCAUAGAAUAUUAAUAGAAAAAGUUUAUAUAGUAAAAUAAAGAUAUUACAUAUCUUUUACAACAUCAAUUCAAUAAAAAAAAUGAAAAAAAACAUGAUCCACAGUGAAAUGAGAAUAGCAAAAAAACCAAUGUGUAUUUUACAAUCCAUGUUAAUUGUUACAAAGAUUGUUAUAAAUAUAUUUGGACCUUAUUGUACAUGUACAGUAGAUUGUGAUAAAAUGUAUUUAUUUACUAAGCUUCAGAUGUAUUUUAUGAAAGAGCAAUACUCUUUGACAAAAAUAAAGACAAGCCAGAGAUAAAAA